UCGCCGGUGAACCAUGAUCGGUCUGUAGGUAUUAGCAGAGCCAUGCCCCUACGCUGGAUUCCAGCGUUGGCGCCUCCUGCCGGUUCUUGUUUCGGGACCAGUCUGCAGCGAGGAACACAGGAAAUGGUGGUACGCUGUUUGUCUCCGCGGUUGCUGGGCUGGGGAGGUAGGUGGGGAGCUCCUAGUUGCGCUGCACUUCGCUGUAUCUGGGUAUAAGCGCAUGCGAGGUCGGAGGAAGUAGAGAAGGGGCCGAAGGUGGCGGCGGCGGCGUCGGAACGCAGCAGCUCCAGCGCACAACGCAAACUCUGACUCAACGCGCCGGGAGCGGAGCCGCCCUCCACACCGACCUGAUCCAUCAGUUCGCCCACAACCCCGAAAGACUGAAAGGGGAACUACUAGAAGAGACGGAGCAGCUGCAGCAUUUGUCUUAGCACGUCUGAGGUACUGGAAAGAGGAUCAUAUUGGAAAUACUCAACUGACCGGCCAGCAACUAUGCAGAGCGGGACAGUUAACAUUUUACGUCGUUGGUGUUGGAUCGGAUGAUGUCUUGGAUUAAGUUCACCGAUCUCCUUUAGAGAUUCACACAUUGACGACUAGAAUGAAUUACUGCUAACAAGAACUAAAUCUGGGGGUGUGUAGAUGGCGACCUGCGACUCUCCUACAUCUUAAUAGGUAAAAGGUAUAUGUUGUUUGACCUUCCUACAAUGAAUAACGCAGGAGCAAGAUGUAGGAUGUAUUAUGAAAUUCCAACUGGCAAUUACUGAGGGAGCAUUUUUGUGAUGGGGCUUCGAGUUCAUUUCAUCCAUGAUCCACAGGGUUGGUGUUGCAUCAGUAUAAUCACCUUCAUUUGGCUGUACAAUACAUACUACAUCCCCAAACUUAUCCUGUUCCCUCACUACGAAGAAGGACAUACUCCAGCUGCUAUGAUAGUGCUUUAUUACUUGGUGUCACUGUUCUGUGUAAUAUCUCUAGUGAGAGCCUCCAUUGCUGAUCCUGGGAGAUUGUCGCAAAACCCGGAAUUUCCGUAUUCAGAAAGACAAAACUGGGAAAUCUGUAACAAAUGCAACCAGAUGAGACCAAAGCGAUCUCAUCACUGCAGUCGAUGUGGACACUGCAUUCGAAAAAUGGAUCAUCAUUGCCCAUGGAUAAACAAUUGUGUUGGAGAAGACAAUCACUGGCUCUUCCUACUGCUAUGUUUCUACACUGAGUUUCUGAGUUUCUUCACAUUGAUACUCAAUUUCUGCCAAUAUUACUACCUCCAACCUCUAACGAAAGCAAAAGAGGAUCUCUUUAUGUUUCGGCAUGAAUUGGCCUUGCUGCGGGUAUCUACCUUAAUGGCCUUAGUGAUGACCGGAGGGAUGUCUGGCCUCUUUUACAGUCAACUGACAAACAUUCUCGCCGAUGUGACAACUAUAGAAAGAAUGUCAAGUUGUCCAGAUGAGAUAUUGAAGCCCAGAAAGCCUUGGCAGCAAACAUUCUCAGAAGUGUUUGGCACUCGCUGGAAGAUCCUGUGGUUCAUUCCAUUCAGGCAGAGGCAACCGCUGCGCGUCUCCUACAAUCAUGCCAAUCACGUUUAAUAGUUGGAAACUGCAAAGACAAAUCCUCCUGUGGCGAAGUACUUAACAACCUAUCAGUAAUACUCCCAUCUUCACGUUCUGUUUGAAACUUGAAUUUAUUUUCCUAGCAACAGUAAUACCUUCCAAGUAACAAACUCCUUUCUUUAUUAAUGGCUGCUGUAGGUUUAAUUUCAAGGUCAAUUUAGAGUAACAGAUACAACCCCUUGAAAAUGCAAUGACGGUCUUGGAAAUAUUACAAACUGUGGGCAUUUUGAUGUGAAUAAUAAUGGGACUUUUCCAGCCGAGGUUGGCUUAAUCUGUAUCAGAAAAUUAAUGAGACGACCACUUUGGUCAAAACAUAGCAGUAACUACCUUCAUUUUCUUCUGGAAUUUUCUUUAAAUAAGCAUAUGAAAUGUUUUGGUUUGUGAAAGCUUUUAGCAGUAUUGUAACAUCUGAUUCGUACUCAUAAUUGAUUAACUCUGAUUUUGCGUGCUGAAAAUUCUUUUGCAUAAAGUAGUUGAAAACCAUGCGUUGCUCAACUUAUAUUGGUCACUACAUUAAAAAAAAUACAUGUUUUAAGGUUAAUGCAAAGAAAUAAGUUUUAAAUUAACUGUUCAGGCUCUUUCUGAAAAAUGCAGUUCUGGUUUUAAAAUAUUUAAAAAUGUAUUUUCAUGUUUUUUUUCAAUGUUUUGUACAAUUUAUGCACUUCAUUUGUAUCAAUAUUUUGUAUCAAAUGUGUUGAACUUGUUAUCUUAUUUAUUACUACUGAGGGUUGCAAGAUCAUUAGUACAACUUGGGGGAAAAAAGUGACAAUUUUUAAAUUCUCAUUUAUCAAGGAUCAGGGAACUUCAGAUGUACCCAAUUGGGUGGAAAAUACGUAAUAUGACCAAUCCUGUGGGAAGCAGUUGACAAGGUAGCAAUUCAACAUGAAACAUUUUAUCAAGUGCCUAUAAUUUGACUUAUUAUUAGGCUUGUCCAAAACUGUUCAGGAACCAAAGAUAUCAUUUGGGGACAAGUACAGAUAAUAGGUUAAUAUUUUUAGUAAAGCCUGCAGUAAACUGUUGCAGUAACUUUAUUGUAUCCAAAUGAUUAGCCAAUAGAUUAAUCUUGAUAUUUCUCGAGUAAUCGUGUGCUUUUAAAAAUUGUGAAAAUUGUGGUUUAUCUUUGACUAUGGAAUGUCAUAAAAUGGAGUAAAUGGUCUUUGCAAUGUUUUGAAACUGCAGAGGUAAAUUCUUGCAUGAAACUAAAGUACUGAUACUGGCUAUAUCAGUGGUAUUAAAUGAAUAUUAUGUUAGACAGCAGGUCAGGAUUAUUGUGAGAAAUUUGCUUUGCCAUAUACAUGUACAAUGUUGACCUCGUAAAUUUUAUGUUUAAUUUAGGAUUGUGUUUGAUUAAAUAUUUUACAAGAGCAUGUUUUUCUUUAGUUUUCUUCCUCCUGAGAAGGUGCUAUUUCAGUUUGGAGAGGGAGCAGCAAAUCACUGUAUUCACAAAACCACACCCUAUGUUCUCUUAAUUGAUUUUCCUCACCCUGCUUUGUUCAGUGGCACAAAUACCAGUUCCAAUUACCGGCUGGCCAUUUCUGAUCCAUCACACACUUAGCUGUGAAUUGCCUGGUGUCAGUGCUUCUGUGAGUGUUGUUUUUAAAUUUACUCACCUGAGCCAUCCAAGGCAUUUGCUUUGCCAAGAAACCCAUCAGAAACAGUGUCUUAAUCAAUGAUACAAUUGCACAAAUUAGUAUCCCUUUACAAAAUUAGCACCUCAUUGCAAAACUGAAUCACAUUUUUCAUGCUGAUUUUUCUAAGUGAUUUAAAAUGGCAUUUGCGGAAUUAUAAGAGUAAUUAUUUUUGGCUUUGUUGGGAGCUGAUCUUGCCUGAAAGAUUCUCUUUGAUCUGCUACCUUUAACAUUAAUAUAAACAAUGACCACUUUUACAGCACCAUUUUUAUUGCAAACCAAUUGCUACUAAUAUUACCACAUGCACAGAGAAUAUCAGAAGGUUUAUUGUCAACCUUAGUUCUGCCACUUCUGAAAAUGAUGCCACAGAAUUCCCUGUGUUGAUAUACAUUGUAUUGCAAGGUGCUUGGCAUAUGUUGAAGAAAACAAAGUUUUGUGACAUCUUGUAAAAUUUGUAACCCUUCAGAUAUCAUACAACAUUUUCAAUAUAUAUUUAUGCUUUGCCAUUCAUUUCCACGUGAAAUGUUAUU